AGCUUUCUACGCGAGGGAAACGAGUAGCAGGCAUAUAUAAAACAGUUAUCAAAAAAGGCGGCUUUUAUAUCUAAUAAAAAACACAACAUGAAACGUGUAUUUGUCUGCGUGUGUGUUUUUCUGUUAUUGCAGACAAUAGCAAGCAGCUGUCCGGUUUCUCGGGUAGAUUGCGACAGCAGUUCGUCUGAAGAAGAAGGCACGUGUGAAAGUAACGCAGACUGUACUGGAGGUCAGACUUGCUGUACUGUUGGCUGUGUCAAACAAUGUGUGGAUCCUGAGAGUAAGGCAAUAAAACCAAUGGAAACAGCAGAAGAACAACCGGUUCCAACAGCAGAACAUCCAGUAGAAAAGCGAGACGCAGAAGUAACAACAGAGGAACACAAUACACCAGAGGCACAAGUAACACCAGAGGCACACGUAACACGAGAGGCACAAGUAGCACGAGAGGCACACGUAGCACGAGAGGCACAUGUAACAGGAGAAGCAUCUACGACAUCACGUAAGACUGUAACAUGUCGUGAACAGUCCGACUGUGGAACAAAUCAGUACUGUGCCAAAAAAGAUCCAGAGGCCAAAAUAGGGAUUUGUCAGGACAGAAAAUCGAUUGGUUCUGGCCAGUGUCCGGACUCUACUCAGGGCGACUGCGACAGCUCAGAAGAAGCAGACAUAUGUGACAGUAAUAGUGAUUGUAAUCAAGGUCAGAUUUGCUGUAAUGUUGGCUGUGGGAAAAAAUGUGUGGAUCCAGUGAUCAAAACAAUACAACCAAUGGAAACAGCAAACGAAACACUGGUUGCAACAGACGAACCAUCGGUUUCAGUAGCAGAACCACAGGUAAUAAAAGCAGAACCUCCAGUAGAAACACGAGAGGCACAAGUAGCAAUCGAGGAACACCAAAUACGAAAGACACAAGCAGCACGAGAGGCACACGUAGCACCAGAGGCACAAGAAACACGAGAGGCACAAGUAGCACGAGAGGCACAUGUAACAGGAGAGGCAUCUACGACAUCACGUAAGUAUGUAACAUGCCGUGAACAGUCCGAUUGUGAAACAAAUCAGUACUGUGCCAGAAAAGAUACAGAUGCCAAACUAGGGAUUUGUCAGGACAGAAAAUCAGUUGGUUCUGGCCAGUGUCCGGAGUCUACUCAGGGCGACUGCGACAGUUCAGAAGAAUCAGACACGUGUGACAGUAAUAGUGACUGUAAUCAAGGUCAGAUUUGCUGUAAUGUUGGCUGUGGGAAAAAAUGUGUGGAACCAGUCAUUAAAACAAUACAACCAGUGGAAACAGCAGAAGAAACACUGGUUGCAACUGAAGAACCACCGGUUCCAACAGCAGAACCACGGGUAAUAAAAGGAAACCCUCCAGUAGAAACACGAGAGGCACAAGUAGCAAUCGAGGAACACCAAAUACGAGAGGCACAAAUAGCACGAGAGGCACACGUAGCACCAGAGGCACAAGAAACACGAGAGGCACAAGUAGCACGAGAGGCACAUGUAACAGGAGAGGCAUCUACGACAUCACCAGGCCAGUGUCCGGAGUCUACUCAGGGCGACUGCGACAGUUCAGAAGAAUCAGACACGUGUGACAGUAAUAGUGACUGUAAUCAAGGUCAGAUUUGCUGUGAUGUUGGCUGUGGCAAAAAAUGUGUGGAUCCAGUGAUUAAAACAAUACAACCAGUGGAAACAGCAGAAGAAACACUGGUUGCAACAGAAGAACCACCGGUUCCAACAGCAGAACCACGGGCAAUACAAGCAGCACCUCCAGUAGAAACACGAGAGGCACACGUAACAAUAGAGGUACACGAAAUACCAGACGCACAAGCAGCAGGAGAGGCACAUGUAACAUCUACGACAUCACGUAAGGUCGUGUUAUGUCAUAAAGACUCCGAUUGUAAAACAAAUCAAUACUGUGCCAGAAAAGAUCCAGAUGCCAAAGUAGGGAUUUGUCAGGAUAGACAACAGACUGAUUCUGAUUUUAUAGUUACAAUGGAGAAAUCAGAAGUUGGAAUAGAAGAACCAUCAAUUACAAGAGGAGAACCACCGGAAGAAACAUCAGGGGCACCGACGACAGCAGCUAAGGGCGCAAUAUGUCUUAAACAGUCCGAUUGUGGAACAAAUCAGGACUGUAUCAAAAAAGAUCCAGAGGCCAAACAAGGGAUUUGUCAGGACAAACAAUCGAUUGGCCAAUGUCCAGAGUCUACCCAGGGCGACUGCGACAGUUCAGAAGAAGCAGACACGUGUGAAAGUAAUAGUGACUGUGAUGCAGGUCAGAUUUGCUGUUUUGUUGGUUGUGACAAAGAAUGUGUGGAUCCCGUCGGCACAAAAGGAAAUCCCGUGGGCACAAAAGGAAAUCCCUCGGUGACAAAAGUAAGACAACUGGUAGCAGCAAAACCACUUGAAGGGACAGAAGAGACAAAUAUGGCAACAAUUAAGUUUUAUAUCCAGGGCAUACUAUGUCGUAAAAUGUCCGAUUGUGGAAGAGGGCAAUGCUGUACCAACACAGAUCCGGAUGCCAAAAUAGGAAUAUGUCAGAAGAGAAAAUCUGUUGGUUCUGAUUGUCACAGCCCAUAUCCAGCCGGGGUUUAUUCUGUGAGGUGUCCUGAACCUGCUGGUAUAGUCCAUCCUGAUGUCUGUCCGUGUGAGUGUGGAGACUUCUGUUCCAUGGGUCCUAAUCCAAAGUCUAACGAACAUGAUGGAUACAUUGGAAUGUGUUCGUUUGGCUGAUCACGGAUCGCACGGGCACAUGCAGACAUUCCUAUACUGUUGGGUUUUAAAAUAUUGUAUCCAACAUUGUAAAAUAAAAACGGAAUUUCAA